AUGUUUCUCGUCUACGGAUACGAUAACCACGCCUUCACCAUGGACCUGUCCCAUCUUGAUGCCCAUGAUACAUGGUAUCUCCUCGACGACUUUCACGAGGCUUUCAGUCCCAUGAAAUUGUCGGAACUUCCAGGACGCCCUUUGGAACCGGAUCGCAGGCACAAUAAUGAAUGGAAGAGGAUCUUUGACAGAUUCGGCGAGCCCCAGAUACUCCACAACUGUACAAUAAAGCCCGAGGGCCCCAAAGGCAUCCAUGUCCAGACCGUCUCGGGAAGAGACGUCGAUGCCUACCACGAGGUGCAGCGCGAGAUGGCGCUGGGCUGCCUCUCGACGCCCUCAUUCGAGGUCCUUUCGGAAAAGCGAAGCUAUAAAGAAUUCAUCAGGGGGGUCUUUUUCCGCUACUACAUGAAUCACAUCAAGCACUGGAUCGAGAAUGAAGCGCACAUAUACUCGGUCGCCGUCGACGGCCGCGUCCGCGGCGGCUGCCUGGUCGAGGAGAUCAGCCGGCGCACCUUGUCGUGGCGGUACUCGGACCUCCCCCACGGCGAGACGGCCGUCAACGGGCUGUCGGGCGUCCAGGACAUGCAGGACUUUUGGAACGCCGACCAGGCCCUCAACAUGGUGCGUACCGAGCACGAUGUACUCAAGUGGCAGCGCCUUAUGAAUGACGAUAGGCCUUUUUGGUAUUUGACGGGCAUUCACAUUGGCCAGGGCCAGUUUCGCGGGUCCCGGGGCCUGGAGACGGCCCUGCUGCGCCAGAUCAUCCGGGCCAAGGGCGUCGACUCGGCCAUCUUCGUCUUGUGCGAGCACGAUAACGUCGGGCUCUACCGGUCGGAGGGGUUCGUCAAGGUCGACUACGUGCAGAUGCGGGCCCGGCGGCUGCGGGAGAACACGGCCAAGCGGGCGGGCGAUCCGAACCGGACCCAUUUGUACACGACGCUCUCGGGCAUGUGGAGGCCGGCCGACCGUGAGAGCUCCCGCUGCGCCGUCGAUCGCGGGGAGAAGCCGAGGCUGUACCGGCCCGGGGUGGCUGCGCUCUUUACUGGACAUGCAAGCAGGUUUAUUUGA